GAGUUUCGCGCAUUGUCACUGCGCAUACCCGGAAACAAAACACACUGACCACGUGGGUUUAAGAAGCACUCAUGGUGCCGCAGUGCAGGAUGAAGAUUUAACAUGAACAUUUUAUAGGGGUCCACGGGCUCAGGUUGGGUCAUGAGGGGUGGCGGCCGUCGGGCUGGACGAGCUGCGAGGAAGAGGAGGCAGAAAAGUGAAAGCACUGUCCAGUCGGUCUCUCUGUGUCACCAGCUGCAGUAUGUGAAGCUGAUGAAGUUUCUUCACCAGCGAGGAUUCACCUCGACACUGCUGCAGCCAGCCCUCUUCACCGACACAGGCAGAGGACUGCAGACUCUCAGAGCUAUAAAGCCUGGCCAGCUGCUCAUUUCUCUACCAGAGUCCUGUCUCCUCACAACCUCAACUGUUCUGGACAGCUACCUGGGACAGUACAUCAAGAGCUGGAAACGCCGCCUCUCUCCCCUGUUGGCGCUCUGCGUCUUCCUGGUGUGUGAGCGGCACCAAGGGGAGGCGUCUGAUUGGCUCCCCUACAUCGACGUGCUGCCCACCACUUACACCUGCCCCGCCUAUUUCACCGACGACGUCGUGACCGCUCUGCCCGCCUGUGUGCGGAGGCGGGCCUUGGAGCAGAGGGAGGCGGUACGAGAAAUCCAUUCCUCCAAUCAGGACUUUUUCAGAUCCCUGCAGCCAAUCCUGAAUCAGCCUGUGGAGGAGGUGUUGACGUAUGAAGCCUUGAGGUGGGCAUGGUGUAGUGUCAACACACGCUCUGUCUUCAUGUCCCACCCAUCCAACAACUUCCUGUCCGGACAGGAUGUUUAUGCUUUAGCUCCUUUCCUGGACCUGCUCAACCACCAGCCCGACGUGCAGGUAAAAGCGAGUUUCAACGACGUGACGAGAUGUUAUGAAAUCAGGAGCGUUUCUGGGACAGCGCGCUUCCAGCAGGCCUUCAUAAACUACGGUUCCCACGAUAACCAGCGGCUGUUGUUGGAGUACGGCUUUGUCGCCCCCGGCAACCCCCACAGUGUUGUCUAUGUAGACAUAGAUCUUCUUUGUGAUGUUUUAAGAGGCGACGUGAGUUUGAACCGGAAGAUCAAGUUCCUCAAGGAGAACAGCCUCCUUCAAAACCUCACCGUAUCCAGCGACGGCCCCAGCUGGAGGCUGAUGACGGCUCUCAGACUGUUGUCCAUGCCACAAACACUGUAUCACCAGUGGAAGGCAGUGUUGCUUGGCCAGGCGGUGUGUGAGGAGAGGGAGGAGUGGAGCGUCCACACAGCACAGACUCUCUGUCAGCGACUGCUGCAAGACACACACACAGCUCUGGACAAGAUCGCGGACCUCAUGCAGCGGUGUGACCAGUCAGUCAGGGAGCAGCUAGGCGUGGUCAGGUCACUGCGACGGGAGGAGAGGUGCAUCCUGGGGCGCUGUCUUGAGGUGCUGCAAGGCAUGAUGAGACAACCAGACGAACCGUUGUCAUGCCAACCUGGUGUCGAUACUGUGAGCUGACAUCCGAUUGGCGCUCUGGUCUCUGCCAGUCGCAACAAGAAGCGAGGUUAUUGGCCGAACUGGUGACGCUGGACAGCCUCCAUGUUCUUGUUCUGCUUGUCGACCAUUAGGUCUGACCACGGCAGCAGAACUGCCCGACGUCCUGGAACCAGGUUUGAUUCCAGGUAUGUUGCAAGAGCAUCUGCCCUGUUAUGAUGACACUAAGUAAGACGAUGAAGGUC